GUCGUUCCCUCAACUUGCAACCGCCUAUAAAGGAGGUUCGGACCUCAAUGGUCCUUCGAGCGACAUUUCCAUGCUGACGCCAUCUCUGCCCUGAUGGAUGUGCAACAUUCGGGAGGCGAGGGAGACGCUGGAGGUCUGGACAAAGUGAAAGCACUGACGGAAAAGUUGAAGUUAGAGACCCGCAGGCCAUCUUAUCUCGAGUGGCAGGAGCGGCUCCAGAGUGGGCCGUGGAAGGGCAAAGACCCACCAAAGUGUGACGACCAAACCCAAGCAUCAGCGAGCGAGUAUCCACAAGUGGUGCCUACCAUCUGUGGCUUUGACUCUCUUGACGACGCCUUGGAGUUUCUCAGGCAAGAGUUGAGGGAAAUGCAAGUUCAGGACAACCAUCUGGCCCGUCAGCUGAUCCGCCUGCGCGGAGAGAUCCACAAACUGAAAGUGGAGCAGGUGUGUGAGCGCCACAAGGAGAUGCUGGACAACGCCACGUACGAGCUGGAGGAGUGCGACGAGGAUUCCGAUUUGCUGUGCGACAUUCCCAUGAAGGCCACCUUCGCUCUGUCCACCCCUCUCAAGCACUUGGGCCUCACUAAGAUGAACAUCAACUCCAGACGUUUCUCACUAUGCUAAAACUUGAAAGCGCCAAAUGUUGAGUCCAUAUUUACUCUAUGGGAGGUCUGCACCGUGUCAACAAAGAGAAGCUGCAAGCUAUUUGCAGAAUGCACGGUGGCGUGUUGUACAUGGGCAGUAUACACCAGCAGAAAACAGUUAAAAUAGUAUGAGGUCAUAUAUAGUAUGUGAAUUCAGAACCACUGCUUUAGGAGACGCACCUGCACAAUCUCUAUGCAGGAGCUGUAACAAAGAUUAUAUUCCCAAUGCUGUCACCAGUAGGCUAUACACUUUAUUAGUUUUAUUUGUAUAGAUGCAUUUAAAUCGGAGGUGACAGAUGAUGCCGUACAAUCAGAUUAGUAAUGUAUUGCUUAAACCUCAAUGUUGUGUGUGAACUCAUAGUCUUAUCACCUCACACAGCAUUUUAACACAUUUGGUUACCAAGCCUACGUACAUACAGUAUCACCACCACCAAGAUGGUAGUCAGGAGGCAGGUCUUUAUGUUGUUGUUUUUUCCAUUACAUUACACACGAGCUGCUGACUGCUAUUCUAAGCCUUGUGGCUGCAAAGGGAAGACAAUAGCUCCGCCACAAGAGUUAUCUGUAGCUUUUUCUGAAGAUGCACAUUUUCUGUUGGGUUAAUGCAUGGUUGUUACAAAGAAUGUAUCUAUAGUUUGCAUAAUUGCAAAAAUAAAAAAAAGCCUUGAGAUGUACAUGUGCAUUGCAACUCAAUAUUAAAGACUUACAUUUUUAAUGAAGGAAA